GCAGUCGCCAAACUCGGGGCCACUUUAGUGACCCUUUUCCCCAACUUAGGGGACGAGGGCUUAGUUCACGGCAUAAACCAAACGGAAGUCCAGUUGGCGAUCGUAUCGUGCGAUUUGAUGCCAACCAUAGGGCGACUCAGCGCUAGACUACCGACCCUUCGGACAGUGGUAUACAUCGACCACAAAAACGCUGCUAAAGUGGUGACCGACAGUCAUAUCAACGGCUUUCCCGACACUAUUCGACUCAUAUCCCUACGAGACGUCGAGACUACCGGCGCUCAGUUGCCGGAUACACCAUUCAAAACGCCACAUCCUGACGACCCGUUUCUCAUAAUGUAUACGUCGGGCACUACCGGUGCCCCAAAAGCCGCGAUCGCGACGCACCGGCAGAUGAUGGAGGGGUCAGCUCGGGCUCUACUAUCUGUCUGCUCGUGGAUGGGCGGCGCCCGAAGUCACACGUACGUAGCGUUUCUACCAUUGGCUCACAUACUGGAGCUGACCCAGGAGUUUGUCUACUUCUACAUCGGUAUCCGAAUCGGCUAUUCGUCGCCAUUCACUCUCACCGAUACGGCUCCGGGAUUGGCCAGGGGUCAGGUCAGCGACAUUAAACUUCUACAGCCUACUAUCAUGACUACCGUUCCUCUGGUGUUGGAUAAGCUAUUGAAAGAGGUGGGCGACAAACUGGAAGCCAGGUCCCAGAUUUUGGUCAACCUAUUUGGGUAUCUAAUUGAUUAUAAAACUAAAUGGACUCGACUGGGCUACCGGUGCCCGAUUGUCAACCACGUGGUGUGCAGUAAGGUUAGGGAGCAAUUGGGCGGUCGACUCAAGAUUGUCAUCGCAGGCGGCGCUCCACUCAACCCCAACACUCAGUCCCACAUUAAGGCACUACUGGACGUCAUACUAGCGCAAGGAUAUGGAGCCACGGAAACUCUGGGUAUGGACUCCGGGGACCUAUCGUACGGACGAGUAGGCGGACCCCUAUCAGGGGUUAAACUCAGGCUAACCGACUGGAAUGAGGGCGGGUAUCACCCGUCGGACACACCCCACCCCAGGGGGGAGAUAGUAAUCGGCGGUCAAUCAGUCGUCACGGGUUACUAUGGGUCGCCCGACGAGACCCGGGUGGCGUUUCGAGUGGACUCCCGGGGCGUGCGGUGGUUCCACACGGGGGACAUCGGGGAACUGUAUCCGGACGGCACCGUACGUAUCGUCGAUCGUAAGAAGGAUUUACAUAAACUCCAAAACGGAGAGUACGUAUCGUUGGGUAAAAUAGAGGCGGCGCUCAAGUCGUGCCCACACGUGGAUAACGCGUGCGUUUGCUGGCGAGUGAACGCCCCAUACCUGACGGCCCUCAUCAGCCCUAACCGGAAACGAGUGCUUAAACUCAGUCACGACUUGGGUUUAAAUGGGGUCUUAAUGGAGGAUAUUGUAGGCAAUGAAACGGUUAAUAGACGGGUGUUUGAGGCGGUCGUACAAACGGGGCGGGAGGCCGGGUUGGGCACGAAGGAGAUACCGGUGCGCAUAGCACUGGUAGCUGAUGAGUGGACCCCUGAUAACGAUCUGUUGACCGCAGCCAUGAAACUGAAGCGAAGAAAUGUGGAGAAGAGAUAUCAUAAGGAAAUCGAUGGUCUGUUCACAAAGGAUGGCGUCCUCGUUAACGACGGGGACAAUACGUUGAGAGCACUGGCAGGUUAUGAACUGAUCGGUCAGUACAGUCAUAAGCUGUAA